AGAACCCAUUUUAUACUAGCUUGGUCUUUCAACGGCAGAUGAUCUGAUUAAGCUAUAAAAGCUUAAGAUAGAGGUUCAGAGAAUUGCAAAAAAUGAAUGCGUGUGCUGAAGAAAUUUUUUUGGUGAUAAUUUCGAAUACAAACUACGAGACUUUUUUAUCAAGAAACGGUUUGACUAAAUAAACGUAAUGGAACACGGAGUGAAAAGAGUCAAUUUAUCCAAAGAGGCGAAGAGAUUGAAGAUCGAAAAAGAUCAAGCGAAAAUUGUUCAUUACAAGAAGCUUCAACAAGACUUAUUAAGAUCCAAUAAGGCCGAGGAAUAUACUUUGGAGAGACUCGGCAAGACCACCGAACUAUUAGCAUUGAACCCUGAAUUCUAUACUAUAUGGAAUUAUCGUCGAGAAAUUUUGCUUGAUUUAUUUAACAAGAAGGAACUUGAUCUAAAAACUAGUUUGGAAGAUGAUUUAAAGUUAGUUUUGCAACAAUUGAAAAAGUUCCCGAAAUGUUAUUGGAUUUGGAAUCAUAGGGCUUGGUGCUUAGGAAAGCUACAAGAGGCAAAGAUGGCAAAUUGGGACUUUGAAUUAGGUAUUGUUUCAAAGCUUUUAGAAAUGGAUAGUAGAAACUUCCAUGGAUGGCAAUAUAGAAGAUUUGUAGUUCAAAAUAUUGAGCAAAAUUCAAAAGAGAUUCUAUCUAUUAAUUUGAAGGAGUUUGAUUAUACUACAACCAAGAUUAAUAAGAAUAUAUCUAAUUUUUCUGCAUGGCAUAAUAGAAGUAAAUUAAUUAUCAAAAUUUAUCAUUUGACGAAGGAAUCAAAUACUAAUGUUGAAUCUGAAACAAUUACCCUUUUCGAGAAUCCCUUGAAGCUACUUCAACACGAACUAAAUUUGAUAAAAACUGGGAUGUUUAUGGACUCUGACGAUACAUCUAUAUGGUUAUACUUAUUAUGGCUUUUAACUGAGCCAUUAUUCGUUGAUUAUCUAGAGAAGGAAAACCAAUACAUUCCUUUAUUGCAAGAACAAUUGAAAACUGUUGAAGAAUUAAACGAAUUGGAGAAAGAUGAUCAUAUCAAUAGUUGGGAUAAUGUUUGGUGCUUGAAAAGUAUUAUUGUUAUAAAGGGCCUAAUUAAACAACAAAAUAAUGAGACCUUAAUCGAUGAUGAUAUAAAGUCCAUGCUACAAAAGCUAAUUGAAUAUGACCCUUUAAGGAAAGGCCGUUACCUAGACCAGUUGAAUGGUGUCGUAUCGAUUAUAUGAGCUAGAAAAGUAUUAAUAUACAAACUUUAACUCCUUAUGGUAAUUUUUGAUAGUAAACGGC